AAGUGUGUUACUUUCGCAAGUUGGUAAAUGGAAAGUGAAACUUUCCCAUCAUUACUUCAUGUCAUUAUGGCUUUUGUUGACGUGCAGGCUGUUUGGGGGGUUGGAAUGCACACUCCUGGGGAGGAGGCCUGGUGCCCGACCCUGGGCCUGGCAGGUGGGUGGCAAGUCCCUGCAAGGAUUCCUUACGGUUCUCCUUCGCUUUGUUCCUGCCACUGGCUCCCAGGCGAGCCUUUGGGAAACGGAAACUGAAACUGAAGCUGAACCGGUGCCUCGGAGGCUGCUCGGACACGCCCCCUGACGUGUGCGGCUCAGGCUCAGAAAAGGGGUGAGCCGCCGGGGCCUGCCGGAGAGGGAGCUGGAGCUGAGACAGUGCACUCAUCGUCGUCUCAGGACCUGUGGAGGACCUGGCAUCAGAGCCCACAGCCAUGGGCGGGUACCUGAAGGUGAAGAUGCUGAGCAAGGAGUUCCAAGUGCCCAUGAGGGACUCCAUGCUGUUGUCGGAACUGAAGCAGCUGAUCACCCAGAAGACCCAAGUGCCUGCCUUCCGGCAGCGCCUGCUGGUCCAGGGGAGCAAUGCAGUGCUGCAGGACGGGGUUCCCCUGGCCCACCAGGGCCUGCGCUCCGGCAGCGAGGUCGUGCUGGUGGUGCAGAGCUGCGACAAGCCCCUGAGCAUCCUGGUGAGGAACGACAGGGGCCAGACCCCAGCCUACGAGGUCCAGCUGACGCAGAAGGUGGCCAAACUCAAGGAGCAGGUGGCUGACCGGGAGAGCGUGAACGUCGACCAGUUCUGGCUGAGUUUCCAGGGGCAGCCCCUGGAUGACGAGCAGCAGCUGGGGGAGUACGGCCUCACGCCCCACUGCACCGUGCAGAUGAACCUGCGCCUUCGGGGGGGCGAGGAGGGGCCAGGAGGGCAGCGCUAAGAACCACCACCGGCGAGUCCCUGGCCGAGGGGGCCCAUAAUAAACGUUGAUGCAAAGCUAA